AUGCAAAAUGCGCAUGAAUGUACAGUGCUUCACUACCUUUUUGAGUGCACAGCUGAUAAUAGCAGAAUUGAACUGAUAAAUUAUGCAUUAUCAGCCCAUUUAAAAUUAGCAAAUUCAAGUAAUCCUUGUAACAACAAUGGUAUUACCCACUUUCACAUUACGUGCAUGGUCAACAAUACCCAAGCAGUGCAGUUCUUUCUGGAAAAUGCAGCAUCUGUGCGUCUAAUUGUGAAAAUGGACUCGCCUAGAUUUCCAGGCUACAGCUCUUUACACUUCGCUUCUGAGGGUUGUAGCAUUGAGACAAUAAAACUGCUUUUAAAGAAUGAUAUAGAUAUAAAUGUAAAAAAUGCUCAAGGCAGAACAGCUUUCCAUAUUUUUGUACAACAAAAAAUUAAUUCAUGUGAUUCUUUGAGAUACAGCGAAAUAGAUGCCACCACAGUGGUUUUGGACAAAAUUGAUUUGAUGGAUAACGCAACCAAUCUGUUGCUACCAGACAAUGGUAUAGAUAACGUGGGUUUUUCUCAGUUCCAUAGUGCAUGCAUAAUGCGAGAAUCUACAGUAGCUGAAGAUCUUAUAGAGCAAGUGACAGACAUUAAUCGUUGUGUUCUGUUUGACUCUCCAGUAUGGCCUGGUUAUACAGGUCUUCAUUUUGCUGCUCAUUGUAACAUGAAAAUCUUUCAAAUGCUUGUGCAAAAGGGAGCAUCAAUUGAAAUGAAAAAUGCAAAAGGCUUCACCCCAUUAGACAUUUAUUGUGAAAAGUGCAAACCCCAGGACCUGUUAAAAAUCUUGAGAUUAAAAUCAGAGAGGCUCGAUUCAAAAUUUAUCAAUGACAAAAUUAAAUUGAUUAAAUUGAUUGAUGCCAUGUGUGCAGAACCAGUACAAUUUCGUUUUUAUCUUGAAGUAGCUGUAGAUGACAUCAAUGUACAAGUGCUUGAAAAUCCACCAUUUUGGGUAGGUUUUACGUCUCUUCACUUUGCAGUUCUCACAUCCAGAUACACUGACACCCACAUGAUCCAAUUGUGUCUCAAUUGCCAGGCGAAUGUUUCCAUUCAAGACGCUCACGGCCGCACAGCAAUCCAUCUAGCCUUUCGCCUCAACAAAAUCGAAUCAACUAUUUUACUUCUGAAGUAUUACCGCGCCACAGAGGAUGUCAUCGACAAAGACGGGCUGUCACUUGAUCAUAUUGUUAAGGUGGUAGUCGGAAACAUGUCAGCAGAGAGGUGGCGCACCGGACGAUAA